GGGAGGGGGCUGGGGAGGGAUAGUUGGGAGGGUAGGAAGGGGCUGGGGAAGGAUAGUUUGGACAGGAGGAGAAGGUUUGGGUCGGACAUCUGGGUUGAGACGAGGGAAUAAGGAGGAAUUGUUUGGACGGAGGGGAUGAAGGGGAACAAAGGGGAUAGGGACAGUUGGCAUGAAACCAAUAGAGACAGUUGGAAAAAAAUGCCCCCAAGAAAGGUCAGUUGGAAUGAAAAUCACUUGACAGAGAUAAUUUUGGAUGGGGACAGUGAGCCAGUUAGGGCAAAUCAGGAAGCAGGAAAGAUUUCAUUAGAAGAAAAUUUGGAUGGGGAAGUAUGGGACAAGGACAGAAGGCAGAGUUUCUAUUGGGGAAAUGAGCUAAGGAGGGACAGUUUGGAAGUUGCAAGGAAACGGAUGAGUAGUAAUUUAGUUGGUUUGGAAAACAGAGGAUUUUGGACUGAUAGUCAGGCCAGGGACAGGGGCCUGGGAAGGCACAGUUUGGACUGGAAGGAGCAGGAAAGAAAUGAAUGGGAAAGAGGGAUGUGUUUGGGGAAGGGCAAUUCAGAAAGGGACUUUGGGUUGGGGAGGGACACUCAGGAAAGGGGGAGAAGACUGAGAAAGGAGAAACGGGACAAGGGCAGAAGAAUGAGUAAGGAUACUCUGAAUAAGAGAAGGCUCAGAAGGGACAGUUGGGACAGAGGAUGGGAGUCAAAGGGCAGUUGUAACAAUUACAGGGGAAUGAGGAGAGACAGUUGGGAGAGGAGGUAUCUGGGGAGAGGCAAUUUGGACAGGAUGAUGAAAAACAAUUGGGAAAGAAGGAAAAUACUAAGGAAAGACAACUGGGAUUUGAGAAAGCAUCCCAUGGACACCUGGGAAAGGGGUAGGAAGCUAAAGAGGGACAAUUUAAGAAGGAGCGGAUUGGAAGACAGUUGGGACAGGAGGAGGAGAUGGAAGAGGAAUAGUUUGGACAGGAGGCGAUGGAGCUGGGAUGGGGCGACAGGGCUAAGGAAGAACUCUGGGGACAGGGGGAGGAGAUGGAAGGGGGAUAGUUUAGACAGGAGGAGGUAUGGGGCAAGGGGAAACUGGGACAAGGUGAGGGGUCCAAGGAAGAGCUCUUGGGACAGGGGGAGGAGCCAGAAGCGGACUAGUUUAGACAGGAGUAGGUGUAGGGCAAGGGGAAACUGGGAUAAAGUGACUGGGCCAAGGAAGAGCUCUUGGGACAGGGGGAGAAGCCAGAAGCGGACUAGUUUAGACAGGAGUAGGUGUGGGGCAAGGGGAAACUGGGAUAAAGUGACUGGGCCAAGGAAGAGCUCUUGGGACAGGGGGAGGAGCCAGAAGCGGACUAGUUUAGACAGGAGUAGGCACCUAUCAAGGGGGAGCUGUAAUGAGGUGACAGGGCUAAGGAAAAACUCAUGGGAUAGAGGGAGAAGACAGAAAGGAGCUAGUUUAGAUAGAAGGAGGUACCGGGCAAGAGGGAGCUGGGAUAGGGUGGGGAGAAGAAGGAAGGGCUCUUAUGACAGGGGAAGACAUAAGGGAUUAAGGAAGGAACUGAAAGAGUUAAGAGAGAUGAAUUAUAUUUUGAGUAGAGGUUUACCAUUGAGGAGGGACAAUCUGGAGAAUAGGAGGCUUAGGGAGGGAAAUUGGGGCAAGAAGAGACAGCUAAGGAGGGAUACCUGGGAAAGAAACAGGAGCCCAGAGGACAAUUGGGACAAGGGGAGAAGGCUAAAGAAGGAGGAUUUAUACAGGAAAAGGCUUAUUGACAAGAUGAAUAAAAUGAGAGUGAAGAGAAUGGACCAUUUGGGCAGGGUGUGGGAAAUGGAAGGGGGCAACUGGAUUUGUGACAUGAACCAGAACAGAUGCUUCAGGAAGCUCGGCCAGACCCAUUUGGACAGAGGCUACCGGGAUACCGACAACUGGGAAAGGAGGAAAGCUGACCUUCAGGAUGAAGAAGAACAUGCACAGAGGGAGAUUCAUUAUGACUUGGGGAUGAGAAAAAGCCGGCAUGCCAGGGACAGAGACAAGGACGAUUGGGGAAGACCAACAACGAUGCAACGGGGCAGAACGAAGGGAUCGAGGGAGAGUAAUUGGGAUAGGAGGAAGGAGUUAUCCAUUCCAGAUGUCCAUAGGGGUCUGCAGAUUUCCACUGGGGCUAAGAUGGUGGACAAGAAGUCUUGGUCUCGGGCGAACCAGAGAGGUCAAGGGGAGUUGGCUGGGCAGGAUGAGUUGCAUGAGAAAAGAGCCCAGGUGGAGCUCAACAGUAGAGCUGGCCAGUCCCUACAGACCAUCCAGCAGCCUGAGGAUGGGGAGGAGUGGCCAGGGUCCCAAGGGGCUGAGGAAAGGGAAAUGGAGCAGCAGAGGUAGAGGUUGGGGUUAGAUGCUUGGCUGGGGGAGAGCUGGGAACAGCUGGGGAGGCUUAAAGGGGUGAGGGUGAGAAUGCUGCUACUGGAGAGGACCAAGCCGCGGGACGAGGCGAGUCUGGGUGCACGUGGAGAAGCGGGGCUAUGCGCACGCGCAGCACCCCAAGGUGAGGCUGGGAGGGCCUCCUCUACCCAAGAGGAGGAACCAAUUGUGACGGCGGCGGGUUUCCGGCCGGCGCUACAAAGGUGCGGCUCGAGGGGGCGGGGCGGAGCGGAGCGGAGCGCCCGGUGACGCAGCGGCUCUACGGGGCGGGGCGGAGGCACGGGUCAGAGCAGCGGCGCCCCGGGCGGAAGAAGCCUAGCGCUCGGGAGCGGCGGCGGCGGCAGCGGCAGCGGCGUCGGGGGUGCGCGAGCGGCCGCCUCUCCAUCCAGCCGUCCGUCCUUCAGUCAUUCACUCACCCUCCAUCAUGAGCACCAAGCAGGUCACGUGCCGAUAUUUCAUGCAUGGUGUGUGUCGUGAAGGGAGCCAGUGCUUGUUUUCCCAUGACUUAUCAACAAGCAAGCCAUCUACAGUCUGCAAGUUCUACCAGAAAGGCUAUUGCGCCUAUGGAUCUCGUUGCAGAUACGACCACAUGAGGCCUGCGGCGGCGACCAGUGGUAGCGCUCACAGUGCUGGGCCUCCCAGCUUGCCUUCACCGGUUUUCCACAGCCCACACCCUCCUCCUGACCUGACUGCGUCAAUAAUGAAGAGCAGCUUGCAUGAGCCUGGGAAGCGUGAGAAGAGAACGCUAGUACUUAGAGACCGGAAUCUGUGUGGCUUAACUGAAGAAAAGGCCAAGCCCUGCGCUGUCAAUGACCCAGGAGGUUGCAGUGACUCAAACGAUAGUCUGGAGAUGAAACCUCAUUCCUACUUAGAAGCAAUCCGGAGUGGACUUGAUGAUUUGGAAGCUGGAAGUUCUGAUAGUAAUGAACAGCAGCUGUGCCCUUAUGCAGCUGCUGGCGAAUGCCAUUUCGGUGACGCUUGUGUCUAUCUCCAUGGGGAUGUUUGUGAAAUCUGUAGGUUACAAGUCCUGCAUCCUUUUGACUCAGAGCAAAGAAAGACACACGAGAAGCUUUGCAUGGCGAGCUUUGAACACGACAUGGAGAAAGCCUUUGCUUUCCAAGCAAGUCAGGAGAAAGUGUGUAGCAUCUGCAUGGAGGUGGUCUAUGAGAAACCAUCAGCCUCGGAGAGAAGGUUUGGGAUCCUCUCCAGCUGCAACCACACGUACUGUUUGUCCUGCAUCCGGCAGUGGAGGUGCGCCAAGCAGUUUGAGAAUCCCAUCAUCAAGUCCUGUCCAGAAUGCCGUGUUAUAUCUGAAUUUGUCAUUCCAAGUGUGUACUGGGUUGAAGACCAGAAUAAGAAAAAUGAACUGAUUGAAGCAUUUAAGCAGGGAAUGGGGAAAAAAGCAUGUAAAUACUUUGAGCAAGGCAAGGGGACCUGCCCCUUUGGAGGAAAAUGCCUUUAUCUCCAUGCUUACCCAGAUGGGACAAGAGCUGAACCUGAGAAGCCUCGGAAACAGCUCAGUUCAGAAGGCACUGUGAGGGUAAGGAGCUGCGAGGGUGGCAGGUGGCUGGGCUGGGCAGUAGCUUUUCAGAAUGCAGCAUAUUCCAUCCACGAGGGCCCCUCUGGAUCUAGACCUGUCUGGGAAGCCAGUAUCCAGAGAGGAGCAGAGGCACAGAAAAGUUCUGGAGAAUGGGCUUCUUGUCUUCCUCCCUCUUUCAAAGUUGGGCUUGAAUGGCUCCUUUAGUUAAUAGGGCUCCACUGUGCGGUUAUUUCACUGAUGAGCUGGAAUGGUUUGGUUCCUUGGCUAUGUGUUUUGCAGUUCUUCAAUUCUGUCCGGCUUUGGGAUUUUAUUGAGGACAGAGAAAGCCGGCACAUCCCAGCUACUGAGGAAGAUGAUGUAACCGAGCUCGGUGACCUUUUCAUGCACCUUUCAGGAGUGGAAGAGUCUGCCUCGAAUCCUUGAGUGAACUGAAGCCCCCUCCCCAUCCCCUACCCCCUUACCAUACCAUACCAUACCAUACCAUACCAUACCUAGGCUCUCUGCCGGACCAGGCCUGUGUGUUUAGAGAGGGUGUGCUGCAGAGUUUUACAUUGACUGCAACAGUAGUUGGUGUGUCACUUGGAUUAAGUGAGGUUGUGUUAAACCUUUGUCUGAUCCAGUCUCCAUUAUUACAGCAAUGGAAACAUUGAAGGAUAUCAAAUAAAAAAUUAACAGAAGUCUAUGUAAUCUCCAUUUUCAUGGUUAAUUAAUUCUUCAGUUACUUUUAACCUCUGUAUGGCUGUCACCUGAAGACCAGACUAGCUAAGGUUGGAGAGAUUCAUCCCCAGGUCGGCCACAGCAUCUCUUGAAGAUUAUCUACUAAGUCAGAAAGGGGUUGUGAUCUUCACGGGCAGAGGAAUCAGCCACAUUGAUGAAAUUCCAGAUCCUUGAGAGAAUCCAACCAGUCAUUCAUGUGCUUGGUCCAUGCUGGUUGGUGACUUCCUGCUGGGAAAAGCACAAGGGGGCAGCCAGUCUGAUAGAAGGACUGUUGUGGAAGAGAUGGUGGCCUUCUACCUAAAGGAUACCCAGUGACCAGCAACAAAGGCUGCUUUUCAGCUUUCCGCAUCCCUUUUCCCUUCAUGGGAUAGUCCACACAAAGGUGUGGCUGCUCUCAUAAGCAAAAACCCAGUAUAUGAAAAGCCACCUUUACAAAGUAAACAAUGGGGCAAAUUCUUUGCUUCUCUCUCUUGUGCCAGCUCCUUUCUUUCAGGCAUUUUCAAUUAUUUGAAUGUCAAAAAUCUGAUUUUACAUCUUUUCAGGCACACAGCAUAGAAAAUAAAGUAUUUCUGCAGUGUAAAACCUUAAUUUGAGUUUGCCUAUUAAAGCUGUUUUGAUUUCUCAGG